UCCCCGGCGCCGGAGCCGAGUGCGGACAAAGGCAGAGGAGAUGUGAGUGCGGAGACGAUGUGAGUGCGGGCGGAGGGGAUCCCAGUGUUCUAGUCCCUGAUAAGAGAACAAGGAGCCUCCCGGCCUUAGAGCCGCAUCUCCCCUCAUUGUGUGAGUGCUGGCAUCCGGAAAGUGAUUGUUCACAUUGUGACAUGCGGGAUCCGAUUACAGGCGGGCUCUGAUUGGCUGCUCCGCUCCCUUGGAGUCCCUGCUGAGCUUUCCAGGUCCAGGCUGUCUGCAGGAUACAUGGCCGGGGAGUUGUAAUCUGCACUGACUUCUAAUCGUUCCAGGUGAGAUCUGCAGCACUAUGAGGCCUCAGCCUCCUGCUCACAGCCGAUCAGAUCGGGCAUGGGUGACCCGAUGUCUGGAGCAGACCACAGCUAGUCUGAAGGAGCUCCAUGUCAUGAGGCUGGAGGCAGAGGAGAGGGUCAGAGGAGUCCUGAGGAGCACAGAGAAGGGGGGUCGGGGCAGAUGGCGCCGGAGGUGCACACAGGAAAGUGUGGAGAAGAGGAACCAAGACCUGGAUCGGACUUUACCUACAAUGUCUAGAAGUCUGGACUAUGAAGACAUCCAGGAGGAGGUCAUUGGCAGACUAAGAAGAAGUUCACUAGGGAACCUUCUAGAGAUGUCUCCUCCAGAGGACCUGGACUCCAGCCCACCAUCAAGGCUCCUCAGGCAUGACCUGGUGGAGGGGGCUCAGGCCAAAGGUCACACUAGAAAGCUGGGUCAAUGGAGUGUGGAGUCACUAAGACCUGCAAAGACCAUCUUAGAGGAACAAUCCAUAGAUCAACCACAACCCCCAAGGAGAUGGAACCAAGAACCAGCUGAUGGGGUCACCAGCAGUCACCCAUGGCAGUGCCCAUCAUCUACCUGGACCAGAGCCCAAGAUCUAAAGAAGACUGUACAGAAUAUGGAGGAGACCAUGGAGCAAAGUGAAGACCCAGAGCCGCUACUUUCCGUGUUUCCCGCUGAAUUUACAUCGCUGCGCAGAAUGGGCUCUGGAUCGCUGGCACCUCGACUCAGAUUGGGAAGUUCUGGAGUUACGAGCGAUAUUCUGUUUACAAGAAGGAUGAGCGGGAACUGUAUGUCGGCCCAUAGCUCAGGUUUCUAUGAGACUAGUGACCUGGACUCCACUUCGUCGUCCUGUUCUUCCCUCUGUAGCGACAUUUCGUGUCACACUUCUGUCUCCGUGAUGUCGCCAUGUAGAAAUUCUGUGGUGAGACCCCGGUCUAUAGAUUGUACGAUGGAACGGAGGAAGGAGCUGCAAAGUGGAACUGCACAAACUAAAAGGCCAAUGUCUGCAGGUGCUCUAGAUGGCUUCUUACAAUCAGCUUCAAGUUCCCGAUAUGAUCUCGCGCAAUCUUACGACGUGGCUCCUUGCGACCAUCCGUUCUCCGGCCCCCCUCCACUCUCUGCGAUCCAGCAGCGGCGAAAGGCUGAACGCUACAUCUGCAAGUUGGCUCUUAAAUAUCGCUGCAAGCCAGGAGGCUCCACCGUGCUCCCGGACCUUGGCCCCCCAACCCCAAGACGUCCAGCUCACUCCUUCCUUUCUUCCGGUAGCCCUCUCAGCUGCCCUCCUUCACCUCAAAUCACUUCACUAUCCUCCAGCAUGGUGGAUGUCCGCAAGCACUCCACUGGUUCCUGGGGCCGGUUUCUCAGUCGUGUCGUGCUCAAGAAAGACUCUAGAAUCGCGGCCUCCGAGCUAAACCUUGAACAGUGUUGGAAAAAUUCGGGAGAUGCCGCGCGAAGUCCAUCAUUGGCAGAAGGCCAAUUCGUGCGUGCAAAGUCAUUCCGCGAUUUGCUGUCUGUCAACCCGUUCAAGAGGAGUCAGAGGGGGCUGAACAAAGUGUGGUAGCUUUAUUUUUCGCGGGCCGACUUUUUUUUUUUGUCAUUGUCUAUGUUAUUAUAUAUAUUAUAUAUAAAUAGUAUAUACUCUAAAGUAUAAUUGUAGAAACUUUAAUUAAAAACUUUUUUUUUUUUUCCAUGUCCCCCACCCAAUUUGUAUAAUAAACAUUCCU